AGUCUGCAGCGUCUUUAACAUACAGGAACUUCUUUACAAGUGUACCUUUUGACGAUAGAACAUAAUGCCUUUUGUUCCGGUUGAGACUCCCAAGUGCCCCGCAUGCGGCAAAUCGGUGUACGCCGCCGAGGAGCGUGUUGCUGGUGGCCACAAAUACCAUAAGACUUGCUUCAAGUGCAGUAUGUGCAAUAAGGCUCUGGAUUCGACAAACUGCACCGAGCAUGAAGCCGUGCUGUUCUGCAAAAAUUGCCACGGUAGGAAGUACGGACCCAAGGGAUACGGCUUCGGCGGUGGUGCUGGCUGCUUGUCAACAGACACGGGUGCACAUUUAAAUAGAGAUUAAUAUGGUUCCUGCCAAUUGCCAUUUGCUUAAUUCAAUUGUAUCUGCGGGACAUGAAUCAGUGUUCAUGUCUUGACCCUAUGUGUUAUAUUUAUCCUGAUAUGUGUGAAAAUUAUGGUAAAAAAUAUUUUUGUAUUCAUUUUCAUUACUGACUGUAAAUUAAUAAAAGAAAUUUAAAAAAAAAAAACAAAUAAAAAAAACACUUAGUAUAAUAAACAGAAA